UCUCUCUCUCCCUGUCUAUCUCUCUUUUUCUCUCAAUCACUCAUUCUCUGGCAAACUGCUCUUUCUGUCUCUCUUGUUAGUUUCUCUUCCCAAAUAUCUCUCCAGCACCCUUCAUCUUUUUCCCUGUUUCCCCCCACUCCCCUCUCCCUUUCUUAUCUCUCUGUCUCUCCAAAUCACUAAUCUGUCUAGAAUAGAAGCCCACUCAGACAGGUCUCUUGACUGGAGACAUGGUCAGUCUCUGUGGGGAGGUGGUGAGUUGCUGAGCCGGAUUUAGACGAUUAGUAGUGGACUUAGCAUUUACACUGAUAGGAUGGAAUAUGAUGUGUCAGAGUGCAGUAAAUUGUAUAAUUGGAAUCACUUCUACGUGACCUUAAAGGACAGAGCAAGAGACCAUACAGAGCUGAACUUUUAUUGCCCUUGAUCCAUUAUUUUGGGCUUCCCCUCGUGGAUUAAGGAGCAGUGAAGCUGAGAAAAAUCGGAACGCAGCUUCCAGCAGACCUCUUCCUCCUCCUCAUCCUCCAACAACCCAUACAUGGAGAAGAGCAGGGGGCUCUUUGCAGAGGACUUUGGCUCUUUCAUGCGUCCUGGAACGGAUGCCUUGGGAUUUCCCAGUCGGACAGGGACAGCAGGGAAGAUCAAGACAAUGGGAGACAGCUACCAGUUCACAGUGGAUGUCCAAGACUUCUCUCCAGAGGACGUCAUUGUCACCACCUCCAACAACCAGAUCGAAGUACAUGCAGAAAAGUUGGCAGCAGAUGGCACAGUGAUGAACACUUUCACCCACAAGUGCCAGCUACCUGAGGAUGUGGACCCCACCUCUGUGACAUCAUCAUUGGGCACCGAGGGAACGCUAACAGUCAAGGCCCGUAGAAACCCAUCCAAGCAUGAGCUCACACAGACCUUCCGCACUGAGAUCAAGAUCUAAGAAGACAGACAGGACUCUCCCAUGAGCCAUGACCCCUGUUCCCUCACUGCCUGUAUUUUGUAAUGCUAUAUUCCGUUUUUCUCAUUUAAUGUCUUUAUCAUUAUAUGUUCAUUCUGCCCUUUAAGCUGGAACGUUUUUUUCUUCUGCCAUACCACCUCCUCAAAAUACCACAUCCUCCAAUAGCUGCCUUGGAUUGACAACAGUUAGCCUAAUUUGUUCUUGUGUUUUCCCAGUUAUCACACAUCACCUCCACACCUCCACAUCACCUCCACACCUCCACACAUCACCUCCACACACACACAUCACCUCCACACACACACACAUCACCUCCACACACACACACACACACACACACACACACACACACACACACACACACACACACACACACACACACACACACACACACACACACACACACACACACAAAAUUGAGAAUGCUGGGGGGAGGAUGGCUCAUAAUAAUGGCUGGAGCUGCGUGAAUGGAAUGGUGUCAAAACCUAUUCUGCUCCAGCCCUUUCCACGAGCCUGCACACACACAUCCAUCCAUCAACUAAGUAUUUCUUCUUCUACUGAACUCUACAGAUACUGCUACCAUUGUGCAUUGUAAUAGUUGUGUGAAUAAAGUAGUUGAUUGAUUUUUCA